GCUCUGAAAACACUGUGGUUAGGGUUGGGGGGGCUCUAAGGAUACUGUGGGUUAGGGUGAGGGUUGGGAGGACUCUGAGGAUAUUGUGAGUUAAGGGUAGGCCUGGGGGCCCGGACAGUGUUGGGUUGUUCCAGGUUGGAGAGAAUCAUGGGCCCUGGGUGGGUAGUCAGGGGAGGUGGUAGCCCUGAGGAUCUUUCAGGCCCCGCCGUUUCAGCGUUGGCGUUGGGACCGGACGUGCUGCUACUCUCUGACCUAGUUCAGGGAAGAACCAGAGCCGGGGUCGGGGCUGGGGCCGGUGCUGGGGCGGGGCCUUCCGCUCAGAGGAAGUCCCCCAGCCCGGGGCAGGGAAGCCUCGAGGGAGCUGGGCCAGGAGGGGUGAGGGCAAGGGUGAGGGUCACUCCCUCUCCCGCUGAGCCCUGGCUUUCCCCAGAUGCUGAACCCCGCUGUUUUAUGCUCUGAAGUUGGAGAUGGCAGAGGUUGGGGAGUGGAAGAGGGAUACGGCCACUGGACAAGUCCCAGGGCUCAGAGUUAGGGGGUGAGAGGGGCCCAGGGGUUUCUGGAAACUACCAGCAGAGAUCAAGAGAGUGGACAAGAAGGCCUCCCCUUUCUCUAGGCCAAGCCCUGGGUGCCCUGAAAAGUGCCCAUUGUACUCAACCCUGGAGCGGGAGCAGAUGGAGAGGGCACCUAGAGAGCCAGGAGCAGAUGAGGGCAUCCUGAGAGCCAGGAGAAGAUGAGGAGGGCACUCUGAGAACCAGGUGCAAAUGUAAAGGGCACCCUGAGACCAGGAGAUGAUGAAGAGGGUGCAUCUUGAGGACCAGGAACAGAUAAGGACACCCUGAAAACCAGGAACAGAUAGAUAGGGCACCCUAAGAACCGAGUCUAGAAUCCUGACAUGGGAGCAGGCGGCAAGCAUGGCUUGGGGCCCGAACCCAGCCCCCUUCCUCCACCAAGGAGACUCACUCCCUCUUGCUGGCCCCACAGACCAUCCUGCUGGUGGUUUUGGUGGCAGGGAGUGGGCCACGGGGGUUGGAAAUGAGCACCUCACUGAGCACCCCAACCUCUGGAGCGGCAAAUUUCAGUUUGGUCCAGAACCCCCACCAAAGAAUGCCCCGGAGCCAGGAGUGCUCAGCUUCCCAUUUCCUGGACAAGUCCAGCAAGUUGUGCUGCCAGAAUUGCCCAGCAGGGCACUUCCUGGUGACUCCAUGCAGCAGCUUCGGGAGUCCUUCCUCUUGCCAGCCCUGCCGCCAGGGCACCUACCUGCCCAAAGAAAAUUACAGUCGGAAAUGUUUCCGCUGCCAAGAGUGUGACAAGGCGGCCCUGCAGGUCGCGAUCGAGAACUGCUCGGCGACGGGGAACACGCGUUGCGGUUGCGCCCCUGGUUGGUUCAAAGAGUGCUUGGUGAACCGCUGCGAGGAUGGCUCCCCCUUCUCCUGCCGCCUCUGCCUGGACUGCCACAAGCUCCACCGCCACAGCCAGGGACCCCACUCUGCUGAGUGCUCCUCCGGAGCCCCCGCUCCUCCCCGCAACAUGGAGCCGGUGUUGAUUCUAGUUUCUGAAACAGUCUCCAACUGUGGACCCUGCUUAUCCGGCUUCUAUGAGGACCAGGGCAGCUGCUCCCCAUGUCCCACGAAACCGUUUGACAGCUGCCCACAGGCCUGUGCAGGAUACUGCUCCCAGAUGGGGUCCUGGGUGCCGCUUCCUUUAACCGGGCUGAUGGUGGUGCUGCUUUUCCUUGGGGGAACCCUCACCUACUGCUACUGGAAGCGUCGUCCCCCACAGUCUUCCAGCCGUGGGUAUCACGUGGCAGAUGAAGCUGUGGCAGAAGCACUGGCCCCGUCGUGGGCCCCUGUGCCGCUGCUUGUGGAAAGCCCCCCGACCCUCCCCGCCCUGACCACCACGUCCAGUCAACAGAAGGUCUGCGACCUCCAGCUGCUGGGGAGCAACUGUGUCGCCAGCGCCCCGCUGGCCCACGAGGCUCCCUGUCCGGAGGACACGUGGCUCCUGCCCUGGAGCCAGCUGCCCGCUGGCAGAGGAAGCGGCCCGGCGGCCGGAUCGCUUCUGCAGCCGGGCCCGCAGCUGUACGAUGUGAUGGACGCGGUGCCGGCGCGGCGCUGGAAGGAGUUCGUACGGACCCUGGGGCUGCGGGAGGCGGAGAUCGAGGCGGUGGAGGUGGAGGUGGUGCGCUUCCGCGACCAGCAGUACGAGAUGCUCAAGCGCUGGCGCCAGCAGCAGCCCGCCGGACUGGGGGCCGUCUACGCCGCGCUGGAGCGCAUGGGCCUGGACGGUUGUGCCGAGGAACUCCGCAAGCGCCUGCAGCGCGGGCUCUGA